CAUGCUGCCUCGUCUGUCGAAUAUCCCGCUACUAGGCUACGGCGUUGUGGUAAGCUUGCUUGAAGUGUGGUUGAUUUUUGCUGAAUGUGUGGAGUAUAAUUUUUGAACACUAUGUCUGCUUUCAAAAAAGCACAAAAGGCGAAGCAAAGGCCUCACAGGGAAAGGGCACAACCUGAAAGUCGACGGCAUUUGGGAAUUCUAGAGAAAAAGAAGGAUUACAAAGAACGAGCUGAUAAUUUUCAUAGCAAAGAGAAACGAAUCAAGAUCUUACGUAAGAAAGCAUUAGAAAAAAAUCCGGAUGAAUUUUAUCAUAAAAUGAUCCAUAAAAGGCUGACAGAGGGUGAAUUAUGGCUGGAUAAUAAAAGACCAGAAGACACAAUGACAGAAGCACAAAAAAAGUUGAUGGCAUCGCAAGAUUUAAACUAUGUUUCAAUGCGGCUUCAAAUGGAAAAAAAGAAGAUAGUAAAAUUAUCAGAAUUCAUAGAUUUAGCAGAUAAACCUCAAAAUACGCGGACAAUUUUUGUAGAUUCGAAGGAGGAAGCCAAACGAUUUGAACCUGAUGAAAGUUUUGUUCCAUUGUCGCUACAAUCAGACCACCCAGAAGUAGUGAAACAUAAAGAAGAGAAAGAAAAAUUGAAAAGAGAAUUAGAAAAAAGAAAAGAGAGAGCGAUGGAGCUUCAAAUUAUCGUAGACAAAAUGGAAUUGCAAAAACAUUUGGCAGAUUCUUCAGUUAAAAGACAGAAAAUUGAAAAAGAAACUAAAACAUCAGCUGCAAUUUAUAAAUGGCAAAGUGUAAGAAAGAGAUAAAAUUGUGUUUGAUUCCCUUCUCGAUUUCAAUUCUCAACUCGGGGAAUGAAUGCAUUGUCGGUUUCCUUAUUUCCUACGAGGUGCAAGCAUACGAGGGUGUCCAAACGUAAAACCAAAAUUGGGAAUCGUAAUGGCUGUUGUACUGAGAGAAAUACAAAUGUAUGAAUCCUACUUUAAAAUUGACCUGAAACUUUUUUGAAAGGUCAGGUAGAUGCUUGCUUGCAUGUAUCGUCUUUUGAGGUGGAAAAUUUAUAUCAAGAUUUUAUCUUCUGGGUAGUUGUAGUCUUUGGUACAGGCAUUUGCAGGAAAAACGCUCAAAACAUUCUUUCCUUUAAAACGCUAUACUUAUCAAAAUAUUUUGUGUUGGUUGAUACUGAUGCGUGUGGAAUUAUAAAUUUUGAAUGGUGGAAUA